AUGCCGGCUCAGGUAGUCGCAUCACUUGCCAUCGACUUGUCUCAUUUAUUAUCAGACGCAUCUCUUGCAGACAUUAAGAUCGAAGUAGGAAACGGGGCGGACAAGAAAGUGUUCUAUGCGCAUGCAGCUGUACUUUAUACGCGCUGUCCAUACUUUAAGAAAAAGACACUAGAACAUGGAUUACAGGAUGCGAACGCCGAGUCGAGAAUCGGAGAAAAAAUUAUCAGAAUUGAUGAUAUCAGACCAAACAUUUUUGAACACAUUCUAAAUUAUAUCUACACAGACUCAACUCCCCCAACCAGCCUUCCCCCAGAUGAUCUUUUGACUCUUCUGGCCGCAUGCACCAGAUUCUCUCUUCUCUUGCUUAUCGCAUCCAUACAAACGAUCCUCGUCAACCAUCAAUCUUCGUAUCUCCUCUCUCACUUUUCGCAAAUCGAUGCCCUCUCUACGACGAACAAAAACUUCUCCAUUCUCCGCAGAUACUGUCAACACACGGUCAAGCGUCAUCCGACAGCUAUAAUGAAAUCGGAAGAAUUCGUCCGUUUGUCAGAGGACAUGCUGAUCAAGAUACUGAAAAGUGAUAAGUUGACCAUGGACGAAACGGAGAUUUGGGAAUAUGUAUUAAGAUGGGCUACGGCUCAAGAGCCGGUGCUAUUGAUGGUAUCGUCUUGGUCAGCGAAAGAAUACGAACUACUAAAGGACACUUUGAAGAACAUUAUACCCCAUCUACGAUUCUUCCAAAUGCCAUCUAAACAAUUCUUGAUCAGAAGUCGAUUAUUCCAAUACGUACUUCCAUACGAUUUAUUCAACGAUGUAUAUAAUUAUCAUACUCAGAAUUCAUACACUCCUUUAUCACCCGUAUUGCCGCAAAGGCAACAAUCAAAGAAGAGGAACGUCACUUGGCAUCACUCUAUCGACGGUGAAUACGAUGACAGUACGAACAGAGAAACACUUCCCAUUCAAUCACCAUUAAAGCCAUCAAAGAACAACCUCGACUCGCUGUUAAUAACACCCACACACGGAAACUAUCUUGCAUCUUGCAUUUUUCAACACUCUCAAAUCAACAACUCGACAAAUAAGCCAAUACCAAAUACACUAUACCGCUUCCGACUCUUGUACCGCGCAUCUCUACACUCUUUUUCCAUUUCAACGUUUCAUCGCCUGUGCGACAGACGAGGACCGACGUUAACAAUUGCACGGAUAAGCGAUUCUUCUGAUAUAGUUGGCGGAUAUACCGAUGUCUCGUGGCAAUCAUCAAAGAAGGGAUCGUUCAAAGAGUCGAACGAGUCGUUCAUAUUCUCAUUUGAUAAAGGGGAUGCCCAAAAAGCACAAGUUCAGUUGGUCAAGAAAUCGGAAAGACAACGAGCAGUCUGG